AAAAUGCAAGAGCGGUACUAUUAGGACAACAGCUCUCAACUAGUUCGUACAAUAUCACAAGCAGCCCAUCUUGUUACUCAGAACCUGGCUGGUACUCGGUUUAUUUUGUUUUUCACUCCCUUUUACCUUUCCUUUCCUGCUUCAAGUUCAUUAGCCCCUGUUUAGUUUCCGUGAAAACGAAAGAAAACUUGGUUUGGCCGAAAUGGGAACCUGUUUCUCAGUUAUCUUUUCGUUUUCUUCAUUCCGUCAGCUAGGGUUUUCGUUGGCACGUGUUUUUGCAUCUUUGUUUUGAAAGCUGUUGCUAGUAAAGAUUGCUGCUCACCAUGUUUUUGAUAGAAUGACUUUUAGGAGUAAGGAGAGGGCUUCUCUGUUGCUCCUAGCUUCUUUUAACUACUGGGUUUCUUUUUCUUUUUUAUCUCAAAACUGACUAUUUGUUGUUUCAGUUGUUUGCUUGUGUUUGGCUGGUUGGCUUCUGGUAACCCCUUCACAUUCCACUUUUUGCUUGCUUUUUUAUUUCUUAAUAGCAUUGUAUAGGAUCUUGAGUCUAGGUAUUUGACGCCGAUUGUUUUACAUGGAAAUGGUCUCUUGUAUGUGUAUGUUAUGGUGGCUUUAAUUUUUGAAAAAACUAUUUGCGAGCGACUUCUUUACUUUUAUAUGCUACAUAGUUUUCGACAAAGAUAUUGUCCCAUAAGUUUUGUGUAUCUUUCAGCAUCAUCAGGCACAAUGUCAUACCUUGCCCAGUUGCAAGGUCUUCCACGUGCACUGCAAGAUUAGUGUUAGGAAACAAAAGGUUCGCUUUUCAGUAGCACUGUAGGAAAUGUGAUAUGAAGUUUGGUGGUGAAUUUUUCUGGCCCGUAUGUUUAUAAGGGCCAGGUUACUUAGGGUGUUCUUUAUAUGGAUACUUCAUUGAGACCACGAUUAAUGUGUCCCAAUUUUGCAUUUGAUGACAUGUGCAUAUGAUGAAAACCACAAUCGUGAUGGCAGAGCUGGAGUUUGAAAUGUUUAUGGUGUUGACGAGGUUAACUAUGACGAGGUCCAAGUAGUUGGUUGGUGGUGAGUGGUGUCUCUUGGCUGCUUGUGGCUGUAUUAGAGUUAUAAUCAAAGUACUGCUCGUUUGAUGAGAAGAUAGUUAUGUCCAGAUGCUCUGGAUGGGAAUAAACACGUUUAACAUUCCGUACCUUUUGUGUUAUUGCUCAAAAUUGUAUAACUUUAAUAGAUAUAAGAAUGCCUGGUCUGCCCGUUUUAUUUUGGUACAGGUAAUAUGUUUGAAUACUCUUUGUUCUUUCAUUUGCAAGGAGAUUGAUGGGAAGACACUUUUAUGUCUGUUGUGCCGGUUUCAUUCCAGCUCCUUGUUUGAUUUUUGAGAGGAAAGAUGUUGGGCUGGUGGUGCAUUAGUGUGAAUCUUUGUGGGGAGAUGAGUUGUCUGGUGGCUGACUGCUACAGUGCAUGAGAAACUAUUAUGCUCCUGAUUGGUUUUCAUAGAAAUACUCCUGCUUUUGAAAGUUAUGGAUCAUCAGAAGGCAGGUGUCUCCUCUGCUCAGGAAUUUAUGGUAGAGCAGUUGUUGUAUCUCCUUGUUCUUCACAUUGUGUCCGCUAUAAUCAUUCGCAGGCCCAGUUUGGAAAGAUGAAAUGUUCUUUCAGGGCUUCAUCCAUUGUGUGCAAAUGCUCUGGUGGUCACAGGAGAAACCCAGACUUAUCUAGGCAAAACAAACAGUUUUCACGUAACAGGAACAGGCAAAAUGAAGAGACGAGCAGCUUUGAAAACCUUGAUGAAUCUGAUUUGUUAACAUCAAAGAACGGGUCACUACUCUCCUUAUCCGGUACCCCAAAGUUCCAAGCCACUGCUGCCCCUGGGCCUAGAGAGGAGAUUGUUGAGCUAUUUAGGAAGGUACAUGCUCACUGCGUGAAAGAGCUGCAGCCAAAGAAGUCAAAGUUUGAAGCUUCCCAAGGAAAAGGUAGAGAGAACGAAACUGUGGAUUCCCUCCUUAAGCUACUUCGGAAACACUCAACUGAGCAAGGUAAGAAAAAAACCAGCACUAUCAACAGUGGAAACUUCAAUCUGGACCAGCCAGAGAAUGGAGCAUACAAGAAAGCUAAAGGCACAAGCUCCUUUAACUCAAGUAAGGAAGAAAGGAACGACGCCCUAGAGCCCAACACCUCUUUUACCAGGCCACCAUCGAAAUUCCAACGGAAAUCUCCAGUACCUCAAGUGAAAUUCCAGCCCAUUUAUUCAAGUGAGGAUCUUGUUAAUUCUACAUGUCAUUUAAAUUUAAAUGGUGAGAAAAGGAAUCAGUUUGAGAUACUCCCAGACACCACCUUGGAGCUUGAAUUGGACCCCGAAAUAGAGCCCGAGUUGGAUUCAGAACAAGAGCCAGAGUCUGCUUUCCCUGGUAGUUCAUUGUAUCAGUGAUACGGGGAAAAAAAGACAAAACAACAACACAAAUUUAGAUAAAUUCCCUUUUCUUUUCAUAUAAUUUUGUUUCCUUGACCUCUGUUUUUGACUUCAUGCAAAGUAAUAUUUAGCUCUUCAAAUCCCUCCAUGAUGCGUUCAACUAACAGA